UGUCAGUGUAACACACAUCUGCACAUCAGUGCAUUUCUAAAAAAUAAAUGGUUUCUGUUUUACUCUGUUUAACUUGAAAAUUUUAAAUAUGAAAUGCUCUAUGGACAGCAUCAGCAGUAUUUGCUAUCAUAGUCAUUGUAUUGGGCUGUUUAUAAUGUCUGUACUUUAUUUGUUCUUUUUCAUUUACUAUUAUGAAAUUGCUGAUUCCAUGUUUUUCAUCUUGAUUUCAUGGUAGAUGGAAAGAAAAAAGGUAAUCCGCGGCGUGGGGUUGUGUUGCCCAAGCAACUACCCAGAGACCCUUUCAUGCACUUAGUCUCCCUCCAGAAGGCGUCUGGUUCCUGGCUGCUUGAUCCAGAUCUGGCUACUGCACUGGGAAAGACCAGUGAGCAGGUGGAAAAGAUCAAACCCAGAACGGCCAACAGUGAAGUGUGGGCCACCAUUCUGGCUCUGGUCUGGCUUCAUGCUUUCAAGGUGGAUGCAAAGGAUGAGUGGGAGUUUCUGGCUAUGAAGGCUGCCUCAUGGAUCCAUGCUCAAAAUGCGCCAUGUGUGUCAGAGUGUGUGGAAUCUGGAAAUGUCCUGUUGGGUUGCGGCAUAAAGAAAGAAGAUCUGGGACUCUAGGUUUUCUCGAAGUGGAUUCACCUUCAGGAUUGGCAAAUCAUGCCAUAUGGCUUUUAAUUCAUUAUUGUGCUAUUUACCCUACUGUAAUUGUUAUGUAAUCAGAAUCGUUUCAAAAAACAAGCAGUUAUUAUGGCAACUCAUUUAAAUUGUAUGUUUUUAUUCCUGUUUUCCAUCACCAUAUGGUGAUGUUGUUCAUAAUUUGUUACUUUUUACUUGUUUUUAUACAUUCCACUUCAUGUUGUUCUUCUGAAAAAGGUUCUAAUUCAAAAUGCUUGUGUUACAGUCCCAAAUCAAAGUUAAGUUUUUAUGCCUCUAGACAAAGUCCUAAUUUUAUCUUAUAGCGCUGUUUAUAUGGUCACAUUGAAAUUAAACAAUAUUGAUGACAUUUUGUUUCUCUUACAGAUUUUUCCUUUUUAUCCACAAAAUGCUAGCAUUGAGCCGAUAUAUGCUAAUUGAUCAGUUAGGAUGAUGGAACAGCCAGUGGUUUGGUUGUUUUUUAUCUGAAGCAAAGGAAAAAAUAUACAUAGCCAACCCACAGGGCCUGGCUCAAGUCAGCAAUUACAAAAGAUAGCAUUUUUAUCAUUUAGGGGAAAAUGGCACCAGCAGUGUUAGUGGCUAGGUGUGGUUAGGUAAGAAAGAGCCAGUGGGCCCAUCACUAAAGCUGUGGGGAUCAUGGCUUACAAUAGGAAAGAGUGCAAUGCAUGCCAUAUCAGGUGUGCUGCAGUGUCGCCCGUGUGCCUAACUAUUCAUUUACCAGAGCAACAAAUUGAAUGAUUAUGUGAACAUAAUAUCUUGCUUUUUCCCCUUUUAAGUUGCAAAUACUUUUGAAAACUCUGAAGAAAGCUGA